AUGGUGGCUGAGCUCAACACUAGUGACCCUACGUCGUGUCACUCCACCAUCACCAUCUCUCGCGCCGAGCAUGAAACUCUGCUCAAUGCCGCUCGUGAAUUCGCCAACCUGCGCCGCAACCUGAUGAGAGGUGGUGUCACCGAGGAUACACUUGCUGUUCUGACGAGCGACGAAUCCCAAUGUCAAGAGGAUGACCAGAAGCCGGCCGGUCAAAUCCCCGACCCGUCUUCGGGCGGUGCUCCGGACUAUGUUCACAAGCCAUGCCCAAAAAUUACGGCUGCCACACGAGUUCCCAACAGCGACUGUCAUGGAGGCCAACCUAGUGAUCGCGGGUCCAUUAAGCAGGAUUGGGCUGACACGGAAGUCCAUGAGAUUUCGGGAUCGUGCAUUUCCCCCACCGAAACCAACCAUCAGCAGGGCUCAAGUCACCAAGACAAGGAUCAAAAGCCUUCUCGUCUCCAGUUCGAGAAAUCGACCACCAGAACGGUCUUGAUCACCAAUUUACCCGAUGGGACGACUCACGCUGAUGUCACGGCCGUCAUCCGAGGUGGUCAACUCCUGGAUAUCUUUCUGCGCACGCAUGACCGCUCUGCCCAGGUCUCCUUUUUGCAUUCGGCAGAGGCUCAAGACUUCCUUGAGCAUGUGCGUCGCCACGACUUGUAUAUCAAACACAAGCGAGUCGAAGUCCGCUGGAGCGAUCGACAGUUCAUUCUGCCUGGCCACGUUGCGAGUAAGAUUGGAAUCGGCGCAACACGGAAUUUAGUGAUUCGGCGUUGUGAUCCGAACCUGACCGAGGAGGGUGUUCGGGACGACCUGGAACACAUCCACAACCUUGUUGUUGUUCGCGUCUUGUUUAGAAGUGGCAGCUGCCACAUUGGCACUAACUCGGUUCACAAUGCCAUGUUUGCGCGUACCUGUAUGAUGAGUCGCUUCAAGUACAAGGGUUCCAGGAUCGACUGGGACGUCGAUGAGUGCUCGCAGCCACUGGAGAAAUUUCAGUACCCCCGCGCCUCGGCACACUCUCUGUCAACUAAGCGCCCGUCGGGCCCCAUGUCAAACCGGUUUCAACUCUUGCACCUGGACGAUGAUGAGGAGGAUGAGGAUGUAGCUCUUCUAGAGUUCCAACGACGCCCGAUGGACAUCGUGCUUUGA